GCUGCAUUGGUUAGAUUGCAGAGCCUUGCAGUCCGACGACAGCUUGCAGUUGUCCUGAGUUGGAGGUGCUGCUUUUGUCGGUUUCGGCCCGGAAACCAACAUGGCGAGCCCCAUCGGGCACCUCAUCCACCCUCCAGAUCCUCCCGACCCGUCGCCGCCACAUGCGCCACCCCAGAAGCCGCUGCCGGGCUUUGAUGCAUCUGCGACUCUCGGCACUCCUAUUCAGUCGGCAGAUGGGUCCCGCUCCCGGGGCAUUGUCACCCCAUCCGCUGUCCCAUCUGCAGACGCAGCCGCAGCCACAUCCGCCCUCUCCACCGGCCCGGCUGCUCAACAACCCGCCGGAUCCCAUUCCAAGACGCCGUCGCUGUACCAAUGUGCCGAGUGUCUGCGCCGGUACUCUCGACCCGAGCAUCUCCAGAGACAUAUUGCCACUCACACGCUUGGAAAGCGCUUCGUUUGUGAUAUCUGCUCCAAAGCCUUCUCCCGGGCCGAUCUCUUGAAGCGCCAUCGUGCAAACCACCUGAACAGUAGUGGCACGAAGCGCAGGCGUAUCAAUGCCUCCCCUUCGGCGAGCAGGGUGGCACAUGCUUGUCAAGCCUGCGCAAGAGCCAGGGUGAAGUGCGAAGAGUCCAAGCCAUGCACUCGCUGCAGGAAUCGCGGCCUGACCUGCCAGGUUGCCUCAGAAGAUCCGGCCAUGCGCCUACUGCAUUUGUCUGCGGAGCGUUCAGGGUCUGAGCAGGAAACCUCUCCUGAUUCCGUCCACAGUCUCACUUCAAGCAUGGGAUAUGCACAAAGCACAGACACCGUGGCAGCGCCUUCAAAUCCAAAUCUCUUCGCUCAAUCCAUCAGAUCUGUAGAGAUGAAAGAAGAUCCUAUGAGCGCCGGUAGCCCUUCGAUUAAGGUCGAAGGCCAAUUGCUCACCCCGGCGGCAUCUCUAGAUCAGAGCGGCGUAGAUCACUUCCGACCCUAUGCCGGAAGCCAUGUGGGACCCGUGGCUCACGACAAUGCCAGAGCUCCCUUUGCUGAUUUCUUGCGCGACGUGCUCUACGAUCAGCCAUUGGGCACUACGGCCCGGUUAGGUGAGCCGGAUGGAUUCGCAGUGUUGGAUUUUUGCGACGACGCAAACUUGGAUUUCAGCAAAUUCGACUUUGGCCUUCUGGACUCUUGGAACUUCGAUGCGGCCCGGAGCAUUGCAGAACAAACGGCUAGCUCAGAGGAUAACAGCGGCUUGAAGGCGAUGCGCUCGGCCUUGACCAAGGUCUGGACCGAGUCCCCCUGGAGGUGGGAUCCCCACAAAACAGACGGCUUUUAUGCCGAACACGCCCAUCUUACCCUGCCGUCCGAUGCGAGCGACGCUCAGAUGAAUUGCUACCGGAUGAUGGCAGGCCGAGUCUCUAAGGAGACACUCAGCACUCCAUGCCGAGACAAGAUCAUGGCGGUUGUUCUGAGUACCUGCCGUGACAAGAAUACGGCGGACCGGCUUGCGUGCUCCUUUCCGUCAGCCGACGCGAUGGAUUCGUGGAUUCAGAUCUUUCUCGCAGCCCAUUCAUUGCAGGUGUCGUCUUGGAUUCACUACGGUUCGUUCUCGUUAAAUAGCCAGUCAACCGAGUGGCAGGCCAUUGCCGCUGCCGCCGGUGCUGUCCUGACCCCGACUCCUUUGCUGCGUCGGUUUGGUCUUGCUCUGCAGGAAAUGAUCCGGGUUACAAUCCCGAACAAAUUCGAUGAGAACAACAGCAAAAUAGCCGAGCUGGGAGAUGUACAGGCUUUGGUGCUAAUCCAAGAUGUCGGGCUUUGGAGCGGCAACCGGCGAAAAACGGAGAUUGCCGAGUGCCACCUGUCUGUACCCAUAGCUAUGAUGCGCCACCGGGGCAAGUUUGGAAAAGCGUUCUACCCCGACAUUGUAAUCUUCCCCUCAGACGUAGGCCAGGUGUUAGAGGACAAGUGGAAGAAGUGGCAGGAACUUGAGUCCUGGAAAAGGCUUGUUUUUCACUCCUACCUGAGAGAUGCCCAAGCCUCAAUGACGCAGUUCACCAACCCUUUCACGUCUUAUGCAGAACUUACAUUACCACUGCCAUGCUCAAGAGACCUAUGGUUCGCGAGAAACGCCGAGGAGUUCAAAACCCGUUAUCUCGCAGCCGGCAUGGGAGACGAUCAGCGUCUUCCCUCCCUCUGCGAUCUCUUGCAAGACGUCAACUUGCUAUCAGCAGUUUAUCAGCGACUCGACCUCCGGUUCUGCGUCUCGAUUUUCCUGCACGCCUUCUGGUCUCUUAUCUGGGAAUACCGGCAACUAAACUCAGUCCACCGCCCCAUCGUCCACAUGCCGUCCUUUGCGAGCAACACUAUGCAUCAGCUCCUCGACUCUCGCCACCAAGAGCUCUGCAAGCAGCUCCAGGCCUUUGAGCAUGUCAUGCGGAACUGGCAGCACACCCAGCACCACCAUCCCCGGAUACCGUCCCUGUCGGCCCAGGAGAGCAUGGUGCUCCACCUGCUCUGGAUGAACCUGCACGUCUCGCUCAGCGACCUGCAGCUCUUUUCGGGCAAGGAAGGCGAGGACCAGGCAAAGCGCGUGUACCCAGCCCUGCAGCGCUGGGUGACGACUGCGGAAGCCCGCCGGGCGCUGUGGCACGCCGGCCAGGUCCUGCGCUGGGGCAGGAUGUGUGCCCCGGGACACCUGAAGGACUUUUACGCAGUGGCCGUGCACCACGCGGCGCUGUGUCUCUGGACAUAUGGCAUUGUCAUGCGCGCCUCGAGGGUGGUGCCGGGUGCGGGCGCUGGUGCUGGUGCCCCGGUGGAAUACCGGGGAGCGACGGUGUUUUUGGACGGGGAGGAGUCGCCUGCCUCGGAGGCAUGGUUGAAUUUUGGCCAGGGGGUGCCGGCUAUUCAAAACUUGGCGAGCUGUAGUGCUAGUGGUGGUGCGCCGCCGCGGGUGGCGGAGUGUGUUUUGGAGGACCCCCGCGCGUGCAUGGAAGUUGCGCAGGGUAUUCUCAGCGCGAAUUUUGUGGGCGUUUGGGGGGGCUUGCCGUCGCUCAGUGAGAAUAUCAUUUCGGUGUUGAAGCAACUGGAGGAUGCGGCGUGGGUGGUUGCGAGAACAUGAAUCGGUGUUGUCCAACUGCCGGAGGGGCUGUGUACGGCUGAAUGAUGGGUUGGGAGUGUCUGGCUUUCGGCUUUGUUUGGGGUAUCUGUACUUGUUUAUGGCUGGGCGUCAUGGUGGGAGGGCUAGAGAAACAGUUUUAUACCA